CCUGAAGAAACACCUAUACAAAAACUUGCCCGAAAAUGGGGUAAAAUGCCAUUGGAUCUACCCGUUGCGCUUAGAGAUGAUAAUAUAGCCAAGAUUGCACUUUAUGCCGUGAAAAAAGUAAUGGCAGUCGAGGAUCCUGCGAUUGUUAUACAAUGGAAUUUCGCAGGAUUCAACGAUGUUCCCGCGGUGCCCGGAUUUAGAAACGGUGAUAUGAACCAAUCAAAGCAAGCUAUAGUCACACACUUUAUAGAACAUGGAGGAGUAGAUGUCAAAAAUUUAAAUACUGUAUUUGUGUUUAGAAGUAAUAAUGAACUUGGAGAGGCCGAAAACAAACUUCCAAAAUGGGUUCGCCAUCAGAAUGGUGUCCCGGAUGUUUGUGAAUCUGCAGUAAUUCACAAAGUGACAUCAUCAGGUCAAAUUGAUGUUACAAUUUUCAGGUAUGCAUUUAAUCGAUAA